UCUGUGAGAGAGAGAGAGAGAGAGAGAGAAAGAGAGAGAAAAUGUGUGUGUGUGUGUAGGCGAUUUAAAAGCAUAGAGCAGGGCCUCACAAGCUUUUACACGUGAUAAAGAAGACACCAAAAGCGCUUGCAUGCGUGUAUAAGAUUCAUCAUCAUCAUCAUCUCUCUUUUCUCACCCUCCCUCGCCUUCUUCCUUUUUCUUCUUCUUUCAAAGAAUCUGAAUCCUCCCUGUUUUUCAAACUUCUUCCUUCUUGACUAAUCCAAGAGGGUGAGUUUUUGCGGUUUUACUAUUUGCUUCACACUCCCGCUGUUUUGUUUGGUUGCUGAAGCAACGCUACUGUGUGGCGGGUACAAGUUAAAAAAAGACAUACUGAACGACAUAGUGCUUCUGUGCAAUUGGCAUUUGCCAACGCUUGUGUCACCCUCGACCAGUGUGUUUUCGGGCACCCAUUCGGGUCAUCACUCAACAAGCCAGCCAACAUGCCGGUGAGGCAAAUGAAAGAAAGCUCGGAGCACCAUCUUGUGAUCAAAACCCAAUUGCAGAACUCCAUAAAUCCAGCGAAGAAAGCACCCAAAACGGUCCAAAAUGGCAAAGGUCCACCACCUCAAGAACCUCACAACGCCAAACCCCAUAGCCAGAGCCAACCUCCGCCUCCGGCAAAGAACAGAGGAAGAAGAAGGAGCCGAGGAGGCCGAAAGUCCGAUCAAGGCGAUGUUCCGAUGAGACCCGCUUGUCGACCCUGCACUGUGGCUAACAAACCGCUAUCAGAAAACCCGGGUCAGAUUGUGGUAUCAAGUACUGUAAAUGGGCCUGUUGAAAAUGGCGGCAACAACUCUUGUGAUGUUGUGAUGGGGUUUCCUACUUCAAGUAAAUCUCUGAGCUUCGCUCCGAGGCCUGGAUACGGACAAGUUGGGACAAAAUGCAUGGUGAAGGCCAACCAUUUCUUUGCAGAGUUACCCGACAAGGACUUGAAUCAGUAUGAUGUCACUAUUACCCCAGAAGUGUCGUCUAGAACAGUAAACAGGGCCAUUAUGGCGGAACUCGUGAGACUGUACAAAGAGUCUGACUUGGGGAUGAGACUUCCUGCAUAUGAUGGCAGAAAAGGCCUGUACACAGCAGGGGAGCUUCCCUUUGCUUGGAGAGAGUUUAAAAUUAAGCUUGUAGAUGAAGACGAUGGAGUUAAUGGUCCCAAAAGGGAAAGAGAAUACAAAGUGGUGAUAAAGUUUGUUGCUCGGGCAAACUUGCAUCACUUGGGCCAGUUUCUAGCUGGUAAGCGAGCCGAUGCUCCGCAGGAAGCACUUCAGAUUCUUGACAUUGUACUAAGAGAGCUAUCAACUAAAAGGUUUUGCCCCAUUGGGAGGUCUUUCUUUUCACCCCAUAUAAGAACACCUCAAAGGCUUGGGGAGGGAUUGGAAUCAUGGUGUGGAUUUUACCAGAGCAUAAGGCCUACUCAGAUGGGCCUUUCCCUCAAUAUUGAUAUGGCCUCAGCUGCGUUUAUUGAGCCUCUUCCUGUAGUGGAAUUUGUUGGUCAGCUGUUAGGAAAAGAUGUGUUGUCAAGGCCAUUGUCUGAUGCUGAUCGUGUAAAGAUUAAGAAAGGGCUUAGAGGGGUCAAAGUUGAAGUAACACACAGAGGGAGUGUACGAAGAAAAUAUCGCGUUUCAGGGUUGACUUCUCAACCAACAAGAGAACUUGUGUUUCCUGUUGAUGACAACUCAACUAUGAAAUCAGUAGUUGAGUACUUCCAAGAGAUGUAUGGUUUCACUAUUCAGCAUACUCACCUACCUUGCCUUCAAGUAGGAAACCAAAAGAAGGCGAACUAUUUGCCUAUGGAGGCAUGCAAGAUUGUUGAGGGGCAACGGUAUACAAAAAGGCUGAACGAGAAGCAAAUUACUGCUUUGCUGAAAGUUACUUGUCAGAGACCCCGUGAUCGGGAAAAUGACAUUUUGCGGACCAUUCAACAUAAUGCUUAUGAUCAAGAUCCUUAUGCAAAGGAGUUUGGGAUUAAGAUCAGUGAAAAAUUAGCUUCUGUUGAAGCACGAAUUCUUCCUGCCCCAUGGUUGAAAUAUCAUGACACUGGUAAAGAAAAGAACUGCUUACCCCAAGUUGGUCAGUGGAACAUGAUGAACAAGAAAAUGAUCAAUGGGAUGACUGUUAGCCGGUGGGCAUGCAUAAAUUUUUCACGAAAUGUGCAAGACAGUGUUUCUCGCAGUUUUUGUAGUGAACUUGCCCAGAUGUGUCAAGUAUCUGGCAUGGAAUUUAAUCCGGAGCCUGUUAUCCCAAUAUAUAAUGCCAAGCCUGAGCAGGUAGAGAAGGCUUUAAAGCAUGUUUAUCAUGUUUCGAUGAAUAAAACCAAGGGAAAGGAAUUAGAGCUUUUAUUAGCAAUAUUGCCUGACAACAACGGCUCUCUUUAUGGUGAUCUCAAGCGAAUUUGUGAAACUGACCUUGGUUUAAUUUCUCAAUGCUGCCUCACUAAGCAUGUCUUUAAGAUCACUAAACAGUAUCUGGCUAAUGUGUCUCUGAAGAUCAAUGUUAAGAUGGGAGGCAGAAACACUGUUCUUCUUGAUGCUAUAAGCUGCAAAAUACCACUGGUCAGUGACAUUCCAACAAUAAUAUUUGGAGCAGAUGUUACACACCCUGAAAAUGGAGAAGAUUCCAGUCCCUCAAUAGCAGCUGUAGUGGCCUCCCAAGACUGGCCUGAAGUGACCAAAUAUGCUGGUUUAGUGUGUGCUCAAGCUCACAGACAGGAACUCAUUCAAGAUUUGUACAAAACUUGGCAUGAUCCUGUUCGUGGCACAGUUAGUGGUGGCAUGAUCCGAGACUUGUUGGUCUCCUUUAGGAAGGCAACAGGACAGAAGCCACUAAGGAUAAUAUUUUACAGGGACGGUGUAAGUGAAGGGCAGUUUUAUCAAGUUCUACUUUACGAGUUAGAUGCAAUCCGGAAGGCUUGUGCUUCCUUAGAGCCAAACUAUCAACCUCCAGUAACUUUUAUUGUUGUACAAAAAAGACAUCACACUAGGUUGUUUGCAAACAACCACAGGGACAGGAGCAGCACAGAUAAGAGUGGGAAUAUAUUGCCUGGAACCGUUGUUGAUUCUAAAAUCUGUCAUCCAACAGAAUUUGAUUUUUAUCUCUGCAGUCAUGCUGGUAUUCAGGGGACAAGUCGGCCAGCUCAUUAUCAUGUCCUGUGGGAUGAAAACAACUUCACAGCAGAUGGAAUUCAGUCUUUGACAAACAAUCUAUGUUAUACAUAUGCUAGGUGUACGCGUUCUGUAUCUGUUGUUCCUCCGGCAUAUUAUGCACAUCUAGCAGCAUUUCGGGCCCGUUUCUAUAUGGAGCCAGAGAUGCAGGAGAAUGGCUCUACUGGUGGUGGUAGCAUGAGUCAUGGUUCCAAAGCAACACGAGCAGCCGGAGAAUGCGGGGUCCGGCCAUUGCCAGCCUUGAAAGAAAAUGUGAAGAGGGUAAUGUUUUAUUGUUAGAUAGCAGAGCAGCCUGAAAAAUGUUAGCUAGAAAGGUUGGCAGCAAUCAUGAAACGCAAUGGUAUGGUACCCUUGGCCUCACAUCACCUGUACAAUGGUGGUGGUUUACAAAUUACACGUACAGCUGCAACCUAGUAUUCUCACAACAAAUCCAUGAUUAUAGUUCUAGAGGGCAUAGUUUAGGAAUCAAGAAGCAUCUGGCUGGAACAUGGGAAGCAUGCAACUGAUGAUA